UUUAGGGACAAAGAGCAUUUUCAUUUGUCAGUAGCUCCUUGGAGUUUCCUCCUGGAGUUGUGACUGUUCCUCUGUGUUCCUUGAGUUGUGUUCGUUUGUGCUUAUCAUCGUCCUUUCAGUCUUUUCCUUUUUGCUUGGUGUUAUGGCUGUGGGAUCGUACAGAGGGUCUUCGAGUUUAACUAUAACUCUCUAUUAGUUUUGAUUUGGAGUUUGGACUUCCUGAAUUUACCGGACCGAACGGAGAUUAUUCCCGCAAUACGUGAUACAUGUUUACAAGAUGAAUCAAUGGAUGUGGACGGGGCAAAGGGAAAUCACCGAUGGACAUCAGUUUGCGAACAGCCGAGAGGGGAAGAACCUCAAAGGGGGGAAAUUUGAGCGCUGAAAUGAGUUUUGAACAGGUGAAAUGGAUCGGAGCGACUCGGGGUAUGGUUAAGUGGCGUAUACAAGCAUAUUUUUUUCAUUCCUGCCUUUCGCGGGUUUCUUCCAUCGGCGUCACUCUCAGCUUACGGAAUAAUGAUUUAAUCUACAUGUAUUGUGGUGCAAAUCCAUUCUUCGACUCCUCGACUUUAUACUAUCAGAAUAGAUAUUUUACAGCCAAAUGGAAAUUUAAAAAAUCAUUUACCUUUGCCUUGGUAACCCGGAGUCCCCUAUCAAAACUGGUCUCUCGGGGGAAUCGAAAAAAACGUAUUCAAGGAGAAAAUGAAAUGCUAUCCGUCAUCACCCACGACUCACGUACCCCCGGACUUCGUGUAGGUUGGAUAUCCCAUGUUGAUCACUUCUUUCUCCCUCUGCCUUUUCCCCUCUUGCAUGUCCUCUAGCAUCUUCUGCGCCUCUUCCUUGGUCAGCACGUCCGACCUGCACGCAAUAUUCGCGAAGCCGUAACCGAUGACAUCGCCGUAAGUAAACUUAAGCUCACCCCCUCUCAGAACCGUACAGAUAAGUGAAGUCGAUGGUGGAGACGAGCUGCUCCGGAGACAUGUCAGCGAGAAGCUUCCAAACCGGUUUGUUCUCCAACUUCCCCCACAGGUCCCAAAGAGCGUUGAUGAUGGCUCCAGCCGCCAUGUGGAUCACGCCCUUCUCCGGCCCCAGCUGACGGAAGAGAAACGCCUGCAAGUCCAUGCACCCGACCCGAGCGGAGGACGUCGCACCCGAUUGGCCCCAUCGCGAGGGGAAGCGACCAAUCGCAUCGCUUGCCUGCGCUUACGUCACUCCAACCCGAGGCUUACCCAGCGUAUCUGGGAGUCGGAGAUGUUCAGGAACAGGAGGAAUUGGCCGGGCAAAAUCCCACAUCAUUGGCUCGAUUGCCCCGAAACGAGUUCGAGCCUCGUCGGAGGGAAAUUCCUCGUCUUCAAGACGCCACUCGAUCCCAAGUUCGACGACCAGUUGCCCAACGAAAAGCGCUUUCAUCCGAAAACGGCGAUCCGGUCGAUGGAGAGUCUUCGAGUUAAAAUCGGUCUGUGGAUCGACUUGACUUACACGAAUCGAUACUACGACCCUGGCUUCCUCAAAGAGAGAGAGAUAAGGUAUUACAAGCUGGCUAGUCCUGGGGGCGGCGAGACGAUUUCUCCGGCUCUGGUAAAAACUUUCAAUCAGGUUUGCGAUGCAUUCAUCGAGAAGAACCCGCUCAAGGCCGUGGUCGUGCACUGCACGCAUGGCUUCAAUCGAACGGGUUUCUUCGUCUGCUGCUACCUUGUCGAGAAAUGCGAUUGGGUCGUGGGAGAAGCCGUGGCUAGUUUUGCAAAGGCCAGACCUCCUGGCAUUUACAGGGAAGAGUAUCUGCAGGAGCUGUUCCUUCGCUAUGGGGACGUGAAGGACACCCCAUCUGCUCCUCCGAUGCCGGAUUGGUGCACGAGUUCAACAAAUACUCCGAAUCCGCAUCAUGUGGCGUCCCACAAAAGGAAUCUGCCUGGCAUCCAGAACGCCGAGGCGGCAGAGAAGAAAUCAGAAUUCCUUGAAGGGGUAUCCGGGGUCACGCCUCUGAGGAAUCGGCAGAAGUGCAUUCGCAUUCAGAGGAAAGUGCAAGAGAUGUGCGCUUGGAAACGUCGUUGGUUUCCGGGGACUUAUCCUGUGUCGAUGGACAGGGAAAACAUUUCACUGCUCUCUACUGCUCCUUACAAGGUCUCUUGGAAAGCCGAUGGCACUCGGUACAUGAUGCUCAUCGAUGGUAUUCAUGAGAUAUAUUUUGUCGAUCAAGAAAACAGAGUGUUUUCUGUGAAGAAUUUGUUCUUCCCGAAGGGAAAGGAAAGCAAUCGCUACAUAUCCGAUACCCUUGUCGACGGAGAAAUGGUGAUUGACGAAUUGAAAGGCAAGAAAAUCCCGCGUUACCUCAUCUUUGACAUCAUCUGCUUCGAGGGGAAUCGCGUGGGCCAGAUGGACUACGACACGAGGUUAACUUACAUUCGUCGUGAGAUCGUGGAACCAAGGCAAGCCGCGAUGACUGCAGGCAUCACCGAUAAGGGCCAAGAACCCUUCGAAAUCCAAGCUAAGGACUUCUACGACCUGUCGGAAGCCAAAAGGCUAUUGGGUUCAGAAUUUCUAAGCAGUCUCGCCCACCAAUCGGACGGGCUCGUCUUCCAACCGGUGAAGGAACCCUACACUCCUGGGGCCUGCAAGUCCCUCCUCAAGUGGAAGCCGGCUUCGGCCAACUCCGUCGAUUUCCGCUUGACGAUUGUGGAUGAGAGAAAAGGAGGACUCGUGAAGUCCCGAGGCCUCUUGUUCGUCGGGGGAAAGGAUGAACCCUUCGGCGAGAUGGAGGUGACCCUGACUCUUCGACAGUACGACAACAAGAUCAUCGAAUGCAAGUUUCAAAACCAACAGUGGGUUUUCAUGCGGGAGAGGAUCAACAGAUCCUUCCCAAAUUCUUUUAAGACAGCGAAGAAAGUGUUUAAAUCGAUUUCAAAUCCUGUCACUGAAGCCUAUUUGUUGAAUUACAUCGACCAAGCUUGUUCUCCGUGAUUCAUAACUGCGCGAAAAUAAAUGCUAUGAAUAAUCGUCAGAUGGGAGAAAAGAAGACUUGAUUUUCUUUCAUUGUUGGGAUUUUUAUGGACUUUCUUGACAGAGCCGCUUGAAUUCGAGGAUCAUCCUUUCGUUUCAUAAACGUUUAAUUUCCAUAAUUUUUGUUUUGUGGGAAAUUGUCUCCAAAAAAUGCCAGGAUUCAUUAUAAGGAAAAAAAACCAUUUGAACUUUCAAUUUUUAUUUUUCUGGGGCCAUUUGCUGAGUAUGAAAUAAAACAUGUACUUAACAU